CAGCCAGCCAGGCAGCCAGCAGUACCUCCGUGGCCCUCGUUCGCGCCGGUGCCAUGACGCGCCCUCUGCUCGCCCUGCUCCUCCCGCGCCUCCUGCCCUCGCCGGCCUCCUGCUGGGGGGGCGGCGGCGGUGAAGGGGCCCUCGGCGAGGCUCAUCACUGACGAGCUGCAGGCGGAGGAGUUCAUGAAGGAGUUGGAUGCCAGAUUUAGCCAUGAGUGCAAUUUGGAAAUGACAGCAAGAUGGGACUACAUCACCGACGUGACCGAUCCAAAUAAAGAAGAUGCAGCUAACGACGCCGCCGUCAGGUACCUGAGCUUCAAGGGCGAGGCGGCCGCCAACUCCUCCCUCUUCGGGUACGAGUCCUUCUCCGACGACGAGCUCUACCGCCGCUUCCGGUUCCUGGCCAAGAAGGGCCCCGGCGCGCUCGGCCAGCAGGAUCUCGAGGAGUACAAGCUUCUCCAGGCUGGCAUGGAGACCAUCUACAGCACCGCCACCAUCUGCGACUACCACGACGACACCCAGUGCGACUUGACUCUCGAACCCGAUAUCGAACUGAUCCUCGCCACAUCCACGAAUUGGGAAGAACUGCGCCAUGCGUGGGUCGAAUGGCGGGAAAAUACCGGGAAACUGAUGAGGGACGAUUUUAUUCGCUUCGUUGAGCUCUCGAACAAGGCGGCGACGCUGGACGGCUUCGACAACACGGGCUCCUAUUGGCUGAAUGGCUACACGGUCACCCAACGAGAAGCCGACAAGUACACAGGCGGCCAGCCAUUGGACCAACAGCAGUUCAAGGCGAUGGCCGAAGAAGCGUGGCAGACGGUAUCUGAAGGACUCUACAAGAAGCUGCACUCCUACGUCAGGAUGAGGCUCUCUGACGUGUACCCGGGCCAGGUAGAUCCUACGGGGCCCAUCCCAGCUCACAUCCUCGGUAACAUGUGGGCACAGGACUGGUCCAACAUUGCCCGUCACGUGAUGCCCUUCCCCGAGAUGCCCUCUUUUGAUGUCACCGAAAGCAUGGUCAAAAAUGGUUGGGACAUCCAGCGCAUGUUCGAUUCCGCCGAGGACUUCUUCACGAGCAUCGGCCUUUUCCCCAUGACGCCCACCUUCUGGGGCAAGAGCGUGCUCAACCAGACAGCGUGGGGCCGGACCAUCGUCUGCCACGCGUCGGCGGAGGACUUCUGUCUCGGACCGACGGGAGACUAUAGGUAUAAAGGGAAAAAGGGGAAAAAUUUGUGUUCCCUCUUCCCUUCCAGAAUCAAGAUGUGCACAGAGGUCAACAUGGUGGACCUCGUGACGGUGCACCACGAGAUGGGUCACAUCGAGUACUUCAUGGCUUAUAAGAACCUGCCUCAUGUCUUCAGGGACUCGGCUAACCCAGGUUUCCACGAGGCGAUCGGCGACCUCAUCUCCCUCUCGGUGUCCACGCCCACCCAUCUCGAAGACGUCUUGGGACUCACGCCCACGAGGAGGAGCCGCCCGCGAGACGAUUCCUCGGAGGAGAAGGAACUCAGCGACGAGGAAAAGAGGGAUCUCAAUUUCCUCAUGAAGAUGGCGCUGGAGAAGAUCGCCUUCCUCCCCUUCGGCUACCUCAUCGACAAGUACCGCUGGGGAGUCUUCGACGGCUCCAUCGGCAGCGAGGACCUGAACGGGGCGUGGUGGCAGCUGCGGGAGGCCCUGCAGGGAGUGGCACCCCCCGACGGUGCCAGGGGGGAGGAGUUCUUCGACCCCGGGGCCAAGUACCACGUACCGGCGAAUGUGCCUUAUAUCAG